GCCCAUGGGAAGCCUGCAACCUGAACACAACACCUCUCGCCCCUUCUGCAGCUUCCAGCAGUGGGUGUUCAGAAGCACACUCCCUCUGACAGUGGGGAGAGAACAUAGCCUUAUCUUCCAUGAAUUUUGUCGAAUCCUCUUUGAAAGCCACCCAAGUUGGUGGCCAUUUUUGCCUCUAGUGGGAGCAAAUUGCAUAGUGUGUGCUGUAUGAGGAAGCACUUUCUUUUGCCUGUCUUAAAUCCACCAUCUUCACUGGAAGGCCAUGUGAGAGGGAGAAAAACUUCCUUUCUACUUUCUUCAUGCCAUGCAUUAUUUUAUUGACCUCUGUCAGGUCUCCUCUUAACUUUUCUCCAAACAAUAAGCCUCAAAUCUUGUAACCUUUCUCCACUCCCUUGACAAUUUUGGUUGCCCGUUUCUGAACCUUUUUCUAGCUCAACGAUAUCCUCUUUGAUGUGAGGCGACCAGAACUAGGCACACUAUUCCAAGUGCAGUUGCUCCAUGGAUUUGUAGAACGACGCUACGUGAUAAUCAGCAGUUUUGUUUUUAAAUUUCUUCCCGAGGGAUUGCUAGCCUGGAACUGGCCUUUUCAAAGCUGUUGCUUUGAAGAGGCCAUUCCUUGGGUUCUCUUUGCACACCCAGCCUUCUGAAGCAGUCCUGGUGUAAGUGUGCAAUGUACCUGGGGUGAAUGCUAGGGCCCACCACUGACAAUCACAACUCCCACAGCUCAGCUGGGCUACAGGGAGGAUUAGGGCAGGAGGUUGGGUGCCACAAUGGUGUGUAGAGUGGAGUCGAGCCCCUAUAGGGCACACUUAAAUCACCAGCACCACACUGGCCCCUCCCCUGAAAUGGAGGGGGGCAUAAUUAAAAUGGGAAAUGGAGUUGGAUAAAAUGGCUAUGCUGUGGUGAUUCAGGGGUUGAAUCUGAAAUCAAGCUUAGAUGUAAGCUUGUUGGUGUCUCUGGUAUCUUCUCUCACAUUGUGGAUGUUGGCUUUUGUGGUGGAUGCAUGCUCUAUAUUAUUUAAUUAAUUAAUACUAUUGUCACAAGUUUGUCAUGCAGUAGAGCAAAGAACUUUGAUAACUAAGAUGGCAGCCCCAGUGAGCUUAGAUGCCACUCUGUGCUGCUCAUCACCUUUGGGGAGACCAUAAGUGUUAUGUAUUCAAUAUUUAAUAAUUAAUUAAUAUUUUAUUUGAUAUUGAUAUUAAUCUAUUUAAUAAUAAGGGACUUAGAUGGCAGCCCAGUGGCAACACUGAGCAAAAUUACAGUCUCACGGGCCUGUAUUGCUGGCGCCAUUAGACCUUGUCAUAAGCACAUCUGGGGCACAGCAGUAUAAUUAAAAUGGCGGCACCUGUGAGUACAGGCCCUGCACAUAUAGAUGCAGAAGUCUGCUUGAUGCCAAGCAAGCAGCCUGCUCACCAACUACAGACUUUACACACUAGCUUUCCUGUCCAGUGUGGAUGUGUAUACACACAGAGAUUAGAUGGGGGGGUGUAUACAUACACACACAAACACACACAUACUUUUGAGCUGUAAAACAGAAUAGGACAUUCCCAGGUGGUUUCACAAUCAAUUCCCCUUCCUUGGGAACUCUGGGAAUUGUAGGCCUGUGAGGAGAAUAAGGGUCUCCUCACAACUCUCAGCACCCUUAAUGAAUUACAGUUCCCAAGAUUAUUUGGGGAAGGCCAUGGCUUUUUAAAAAGUGGUAUUAUACUGACCCAAACGUUCAGGUGUGAAUGUGGUAAAGUGUUGGGACUGUAGAAUCUGGGCCUGGACUUCAGCUCACCCACAAAGCUCACUAGAGCUGCUGCAUUGAGAUGUGGGGUUUGUUGUUAAGUUUUCCUGGUAAUAACGCUGGCACUUCUGCCUUGAUUUCUAAAGCUUUCUUUUACACUGCAGUGCCUGUUACAUUACAGAGCUGUGGCCAUUUAGAAUUUUAAAUUGUGGAAAAGAACUGUGUGCCCCAAUGUUUGUCACCAUGAAAUUACAAUGCAACACUCGAACACAAAACUUUCUGAGCUAAUAGGAUUGCAAACACAUUUGCUUUCUGGAAACAACACUCAAAUUCAUGCUAAAUUUCCACUAAGUCCCACCAGGUUUCCAGAAGUGCCUUUUAUGUCCUGUGAGAGAUCCCACAACACAGAGAAAAGAUCAGGAAAAGCUGUGCUCAGAUGAAAUGAGCAGCGACCGUGAAGAAAAUGAAAUGUGGUCCGAGCUGCUGGCUACACCAGCAACCAAGUUAAUGCAAGCGCAAGAAAGGGCAGAAAGGUUUGCCGAAGAAAAAGAGGCACAUAAAGCCUGCAGGGAACUGGUUCAAUGUACAGCUCUGGCGAGAAUUGUCUAUGGAAAUGGGCACUGGAAGUUGGCAGAGGCUCUCGCUAAUCUUGCUCAUGGUUACCUUACCCUUCAAGGUCUUCCCAUUCAGGCUUUGCACCAUGCAAAUGCAGCCAAAUGCACCAUAUUUGCAGGUGGAGGCGCCCCUCCAGCAUCCUCAGACGAAAAAGGAGAGUUUCUGAGCACGCUUGUGACAAUCUACUAUACUUUGGGUGCAUCUUAUUUGAUGCAGAAAAAUGGCAAAGAAUCCUACUGCAAUCUGCAGAAAGCUGAAAGGAUUAUGGAAGAACUGAGAGGGAUGGAUUGUAGAGGGACCCAGACUCCUGAACUUAAAGUAUCUGAGAGAGAGCUUCUUGCAGCACUGGGCAGGGCAAGUUUGCAGCAAAACAAGUUAGAGUUGGCAGCCAGGCAUUUUGAGAAGGCAAUUGAUGCUGUAAUUUCAGCCGAAGGAGAGAUGUCUCCAGAACUGAUAAACCUCUAUCAGAAGAUAGCCCAAACUGAGCAAGCAAAGGGAAACCAUGAAAAAUCCAUGGGGUAUUUGUUACAGGCCCACUCCAUGUCACUAGCUCUGUACAAGAAAUCCAGUGCGGAAGUUGCCUCAACAGCAUGGUUACUGGGGAAGGCUUAUGCUGCAACUGGAGAAGAAAAACAUGCAGAGGCUGCUGAAAUGUACUUCCGUGAGAGUCUUGAGGCCUACAAGUCAGCACUGGGGACGAACCAUUCUCGGACAAUCAGUGCCCUGGAAGACUUCAGUAAAUGGCUUGGGCGAGUAGGGAAAAGAAAGCAAGCCUACGACUUACUCAAACAGUCAUUUAUAUCUCAGCCUGAUCCCUGCAGUGAUUUUAAUGAACAAGCAAUUGAAAGAUUGUAUAUUAUGGGCUGCAUCUGCCUAGCAGAGAUGAAGAUAAGGGAGGCCUUUCAGCUGCUCAGUAAGUGUGAGCAGAUCCAGGUUGCUAUCUAUGGCUCCCGUCACAGGAAAUCGAAAAAGAUACGAGAGCUCCUGGACAUGCUGAAGAUGGUUCCUGCUGUACAUGAAGGGACCAACAUGAAACAGAAGAGAGAGACACUGCUAUGCUGCUCAAUCCCUGAUCUCUAGACAAACGGCAAGACCUAGUCACUGGAAACAAGGAAAUAUAUCCCUAAUGCACCGUGAGAAAAGCAAGGCUGCAACAAUCAGGUUAUUAGCUAAUUAUGUCACAGCCUGUAGCCCAAUUGUGAAUAUUAAUUGUACAUGGAAAGAUGCUUUGCCCUGGUGCUGCUCUUAGAUGGAAUGGGCAUUCAGAGAGCCCUAGCACAAGAAAAUGAUCCUCCAAGCACAGUCCUAUAUCUGCAUUUUUUGAUGUUCCUUCUUCCUGCCCACAACAGUGAAGGAGUACAGGGGGGAUAUAUGAAGGACAGUUUUGCAGAUUUCUGGGGACACUGUUUCCCCGACAUCAAGUAAGGUUGUGACUAGGAACCUAAUGAAUUAAUGUGUAACAUGUGAAUAGGAGGGAAAAUCAAGGCCCAAAUGUAUAGUCAUGUACUAGAUCCAGAAAUAUUGCCUAUUGGCAGAAAUAUUGUCAAGCAUGCCUCCUUGUUCCUAGGUGACAUCCAAUGUAAGCCCCAGCCAGCAUGUUCAAUGGUCAAGGAUAAUGGGAGCUGUAAUCCAGCAAAAUCUGAAAGGCCAGAGGUUGGGGGAAGCAGCUGUGCACCUCCCAGAAAUUGCCAGCUUCUGAUCCCCUGCCCAACUUCCACAGGGCACAUAAAAUAUACUUAGGAAAAGUUGCAUUCCUCUGUGAUAAGUACUGUUUCCAAUGAAAGACAUCAGAAUAGUCGUUCUAUAUUUCUUGCCAAAAAAGCUUCACCAUACACAAUGACUCUUUCCAAACAUGUCAAGAGGCCAAAUUACCCAUUGCAAUAGAUCUUGCCUCUAAAACAGAGGUAAGUAAAUCUCACAAUUGUUGUCCAAGCUUUCAUUCAUUGUUUAACAGCUGAGCAUCCAAUAUGGCUUUUAAUAAAGGGGGAACAAAAUAA